ACUGCAUCAGUGCACUGUUUCGUGUUUAGUGCUCUCGGCACGUACCUAAUUGUUUAAUGUGAAAUUAGUGUUAGAAAUUGUGAUAAUUAGAAUACACAGAAUAUAAUUUAUUAAGUAUUAACCUUCGGAAAUAAAAACAGACGUGCCAGCAGAGACAAAUAGAAACAUAAAAGACAGUAUGACAUUGAAAAAUAGUCUACCGCCUUCCGGUUGCGCUCAAAUUCAAACAAUCGUCCAGAAAACCGAAGAUGGCGGAAAAAAACAUGGCAAGAAAAACCCGAAAGCCACAAGCAAGAAAUCCUCCAAGAAUUGUGGAAGCGCGAAACCAAAUGAUGCGCACAAACAAUAUCAAAAUAGUGUAAAAUUACCGACGAAAAAGAUAGUUUCUAAGAGGAACUGUGGAUCUACUUGUCAAUGGAUCAUUCAAAGGACCUCCACUUUGGUAAUCACAAUUUCAGAAUCAUCAGUUACGCAAAAGUCCAUUGAGAAAUCGGUGUUUGCGCUAAAAUUAGUUCAGCUGCCUAGGUCGGAGCCAACCUUUCUGCUCAUGGUAAAAAAUCAAUCUGCUGUGGUCGUUUUGUUACGAUCCACAGUUUUGACGAAAUCGGACAAGAAAUUCCUGGCUAUUUUCCCUGAAGGUGAAGUGAUCCGAAUGCGUCCCGAUUACAGUUGGGAAGAGGAAUUUACACUCAACAAUCCGUUUCCGGACGCCAAAUACGUCGAAUUGAAUAUUACUGCCCAGGCCCUGAUUCCGGAUGGAAGCAAAUUGGUUGAAGUACUCGAGAGAUACCGCUUCAAACGGAAUAGUGAAAAACCUAAGAGAACUCAACUUAAUCUACAAGAACUCCCAAUGUUUGAAAUUCCGAAGAUAUUCGCGUGCUUGUACAGAACUAAUUUCAAGAAUGCAGGCGCUUAUGGACAGCAAGAAGUUGAACUUCUAGCCAGAGUGAAUGAGUCAAAAGAACUUUUCCUUCGAUCCAGCGAAACGUAUAGAAGGCAGUUAACCCUUCUUAAUCAAAUAGAGGACGAGCAUCUGAGACAACAAUUUUUCAGCUACAGUAUUAACAAUCCCGAAUUAGUGGAUAAAAAAUUCGGUCGUAUGUACAGCCUAUCACUGGGCCAAUUCAAAGAGCAACCCUUAAUGCUCAAAGAGGAAACAGAAGUUCUUGUUAUGGUCGAGUCUGUAACCGGACAAAAAGUAAUCAGAGGUAUCAUAGACCGCAUGGACCAUAAAAAUAUUGUCAUCAUCAUGAGGAAGAAAAUAUCUGCCGAGGAUGUUGUAAGAAUACAAUUUUGUGCCAAUAGAACGGCGUUGCGAUUAGAGUAUCGUGCACUAGAAUUGCUGGAUGAAUCUGUUAUUCAGAAGCUAUUCUUCCCUGAGACCUCUGAAGCAAGUAAUUACGAACAGUUUACAGAAUUUGAAUGGUUUCUUAAGCGAAUGUCCUCUAACGAAGAACAAAUGAAAGCUGUAAAAAACAUUGUUAACCGUACCUCGUAUCCUGCGCCUUACCUAUUGUUCGGACCACCAGGGACUGGAAAAACCGCUACACUGACAGAAGCUGUUUGUCAGCUUCAUAAGUUACGACCGAAAUCUAAUAUCCUGAUCGCGACAGCAUCGAACUUUGCUGCCAACGAGAUAGUCAACAGACUUUUGCCGUUAAUUCCUACUGAAGACAUAUUUCGCUUCUUCGCUAAGUCUAGCGAGCGCAAGAUAAACGAAAUCGACGUGGAUGUCAGGGGUGCGUCCAAUCUUAUCCGUGGAUCAUACAGUAAACCAUGCUACGAAGACAUUUAUAUGUCUAGGGUAGUAGUCUGUACGAUGACCACGGCUGGUCGACUAGCACAGGCAAAUAUAUCAGACAAGCACUUCGACUAUAUUUUCAUCGACGAAUGUGGUGGCGCAAAGGAGGUAUCGGUGCUUGUAGCCAUCGCUGGUAUCGGAGCGAAUGAGAAGAAUAUCAACGCACUUAUUGUACUCGCGGGCGAUCCUCAUCAACUUGGUCCAGUCAUUACGUUUGAUUUUCUCAAAAAUACCAGUCAAAGUAUUUCCAUGUUAGAACGUAUGAUGAAUCAUGAGUUUUACCGGAAGGAUUGUUUCGGAAGGUAUAACUCUCUGAUUAUUACCCAGCUACGCGAUAAUUACCGUUCUCACGAAGCGUUAUUGCGAUUUUCAAAUUCUAUGUUCUACGAUAAUCAACUAAGAGCAAAAGCUCCCGAAGAGGUGGCGAAAUGGGCUCUUGGUUGGUACCGUCUCCCAAACCGUUCAUUUCCAAUAAUAUUUCACCCGGUCGAUGGCCAAAUCAUGAAGGAUUCAAGCUCCACUAGCAUUUAUAACGUGGAAGAAGCAAACCUAAUAAUUCACUACAUAAAGGAUAUACUUAAAGAAGGCUUGAAGGGAAAACGUGUUAAGCAGAGUGAUAUUGGAAUAAUAUCACCGUAUGCUCGCCAAGUUAAUUACUUGAGGAAACUAUGCGAUGAACACAACUGGAGUGAGAUCGAGAUAGGAUCUACUGAGCAGUAUCAGGGUCGGGAGAAACUUAUCAUGCUGAUAUCGACUGUCAGAUCGCGAUGCCACAGCGUUGGUUUUCUAGCAAAUGUCAAACGACUGAAUGUGGCCCUCACCAGAGCACGAGCGCUUCUGAUCGUCGUCGGAAACCCAGUAACAUUGGAGCGCAACAAACAGUGGAAAGGAUUCAUCGCGUAUUGUAGAGACAAUGGAGCGAUUUUUAAGCCGGCUAGCAGGCCGAAAAAAGGGAAAGUAUAUGUCGUGCAACCUCAGAUUUCAGUGAAUAAGAAUACACCACAGAGGUCGAACACGAUGAAGCAGGCAAACAGCGUUUUCUGGGAUUGGGAUGUACAUCAAUGAAAUCAUAGUUGCAAUGUAUUGCUGAGAAUGGAGCACCAAAUCAAAAAUGAUAAUAAACUUUAAAUGCUUAGUUUA